UUACUUACGGGAAACAUGAAGCAUUAAUUUAAUAAGCCACGAACUGGGAUGCUUGUUGUUUGUGUACUUUUGUGAUUCAGCAUGCAAUUUUUUUAUAAUGUUUACAGAAUUUUAAAUAUACUUCGGAAGUGUAGAACGCAUUUCGAGGAUGAUACUGUGCUAUGAAUAUUCGGGAUAUCUAAUUUCCUCGUCAAUGUUUAGUCGGUAAAAUGGCGGUGCAGUGUGACGGGGGAGGUAAAGAUGAACUAAAGACUCAGUUUAUGACUCGGGAAGGAGUUUAUAAAUUAAUGACUCUGUCUGAAUACUCAAGACCUAAUCGAGUUGGCUUUAACACUCAAGCCAACACACCCGUUAAAGUCUCUUUUGUAACUAUGCCCGAUCCAUCCGGCAACGGCGAUCGCAUUUGCUUUAAUGUGGGGAGAGAACUUUAUGUUUAUAUGUAUAAAGGCGUGAAAAAGGCAGCUGAUUUGACAAAGCCUGUUGAUAAACGAGUCUAUAAAGGCACAUACCCAACGUGCCAUGAUUUUAAUCAGUGCACUGUAACGAAUGAAGGAGUCUCUCUUUUGGUGGGCUUUUCUGCCGGUCAAAUUCAAUUAAUUGAUCCUAUCAAGAAAGAACUUAGCAAAUUGUAUAAUGAAGAGAGGCUAAUUGAUAAAACAAAAGUAACCUGCUUGAAGUGGGUGCCUGGUUCCCAGAACCUCUUUCUAGUGUCUCAUAGCAGUGGACAGAUGUAUGUGUAUAAAGAAGAUCUGCCCUGUGGCAAUACACCUCCGCAUUAUCAACUUUUUAAGCAAGGAGAAGGUUUUGCCGUAUAUACAUGUAAAACAAAAAGUACAAGAAACCCACUUUAUAGGUGGGUGAUAGGUUUUGGUGCUUUAAAUGAAUUUUCUUUUUCUCCUUGUUCUAAAUAUCUUGCAACAGUUAGUCAAGAUGGCUUCUUAAGGAUUUUUAAUUAUGACACUAUGGACCUAGUAGGAAUUGUAAGAAGCUUUUUUGGUGGUUUAUUAUGUGUGUGUUGGAGUCCAGAUGGCAAAUACGUUGUGACUGGAGGAGAGGAUGACCUAGUAACAGUUUGGUCAUUUCAAGAAAAGAGAGUAAUUGCUCGAGGCCAUGGCCAUAAGUCAUGGGUUAGUGUUGUUGCAUUUGAUGCAUUUACUUAUACUGAUUCAGAUAGGCUUGAUUUAAGUGGAAGUGAGGAAGAAGUGAAUCAGCAAUUACCUUCUGAUAGUGUAAGUGAAUCUUCCAAAGGAUUAGCUUCAGGAAGUAAAACUGCCUCAGGCAGUUUGCUUCUACCAUCUGUAUGUGCAAGAAAUUCCCUUUCUGGUAGUAAGUCCUUAAAUAUAACCUCUUACAGGUUCGGCUCUGUUGGACAAGAUACACAGUUGUGCCUGUGGGACCUGACAGAGGACGUUUUAAAGCAGCCAAUAGGGAGGACAAGAACUAGUAUGUUGCUCAAUAGUCCAAGUACUCACCUUCCAUCUUUAAGUAAAUGCAAUAGUGUUGGUAAUGCACAAGCUAACUGUUAUACAAAAGAAACAGCAUUGAUGGAUGGAAAUCUUGGAUUAGCGAGUCUCAGUAUAGGAAGCAAAAGUGCUACUCUAGAAAAAGACAAAAAGCCUGAAAAAGAACAUAAGCGAAAUUUUAGCCUUGCUUCAAGGAAUGCCGAUAAAAAUAGCCUUAAUAAAUCCAACCAAAAUAAAGUUUUGGAUGAUCCUGUGAAACUAAUAGGAACACCUCUCUGUCCUCGGAGAGAUGAAGUUUCAAUGCUUGAACCUCUUAUAUGCAAGAAAUUAGCACAUGAAAGGUUAACUGCAUUAGUUUUUAGAGAGGAGUGCUUUGUAAUUGCCUGCCAAGAAGGUUUUGUCUGUACAUGGGCAAGGCCUGGUAAAGGUAUACUUGCUCAACAUGUGUCUAGCCCAAGUUCCAGUAAUCCAAGUGGAGGAACAGUUGUUUAGCAUUCAGAGAAGUAUAAUUUAUGAUUUGUUUGAAUGAGCUGCUCCAAAAUCCAUGAAUAUUUCCUAUGCAGCAAACAAAUCAUUUCCAUGGAUGCUGCUUAUCUUACUAGUCCCAAUAAAACUUGUGAAGUGUUAUCAAAAGGAAGAAAAAAAAAAGGCUGUAAAUUAUUUCGGAGAUAAUAAUGUUCAUAAUUCAUGUUAUACAAAAUUUUGGUGAAAUUUUUUAAGUAAUUCUUAGUUCUGGUGUUCAUGAAAGUAUUCAGCUAAAAUUAAAAUACAAUUUGGCAUGUACACUUUAGGAAAUGUAUAUACAUUAUCUGAAACUAUAGAAUUGUUUUCGUUUAAAAUAAAUUCAUGUUAGAAGUAAGGCAUAAUGUUACGUAAAGCUUGCAUAUAUAUAUGUUUAAUGUUUUAAAAUUUUUAUUGUCUUAAGAUGUUUAAUUUUCAGAUAUUUAUACACAUGCUGUUCAUUGUUGAAAAACUUAAAAAUAGCAUUCAUAUUUUGCUUUUAAUAUUUAUGCCUCUUUUUUGUGCAUGCAGUGUUUGAAUUUUAAUAAAUAUUUUCUGCUUGAAGUCAUAUCUACUUCAAGUGUAUGUUUUAGAAGAUAUUUAGGUAGCAGUAUUUUUUAAUUUGAUUCUAAAAUUGUAUCCUGUGUUUAAAACACAUUUUAAAUUUUUUGACGAAAAUCUUUAAUAUAAAAUGGUAUAUAUAACUCAGAAAGAUUUUAACCCCUUUCUGCAUGCGUUUUUAGAAAUAUACGAAGAAAAUAUAUUUUAUUACUUUUGAUGUGAGUCAUCUGCUAGGUAAUUGGUGACAGCACCUGUCCAGAGCUUAUCAGAUGAGGUACAUUGCUGGCCUGACAUGCAUGAAAAGACUUAAAAUUUCAAAUUACAUCAUUUUCCUGGUUUGACUUGAAUGCAAACAGUUAUGUAGAAAGGAGUUAAUAAAUUUUGGUGAAAUUUGUAAAAAUCAGAAGUUUAAAUAUGCAGCAGAAGUUCACUCUGCCUUUUCCUUAUUUUAUUACAUUUAUCAUUUUAGAUUUUUCUUUCUGUAAACAAUAUUCCUACAUGUAGUGUUCUUGCAUUCUGGUAUUGUAUUUCCCAUAGAAAAGGUAGAUUGAAAUUCUACUGUGUGUAUAUGUAUAUUUUACAAAUAGUUAAUGUUGUUAUUUCUACAUUCCAUACUUUAGAUAUGUUUCCUUUAUCUUUGGAUCAUUAAAUAAAUUGCUUUUUUGGUUAUUUCCAAUGAAACACACACGUCAUUCUGGUUUCUUUCACGUUGGGCACACCUCCCUAAGGUCUGUGAAAGUGUGGUAAUGGAUCUUGCUUGCAUUCUAUGAAACAAAAUCAGAAAUGUUUUAGCAAAAUAGUAAGAAAAUUAUUCCAUUUAUGAAUAAAAUAAAAUUACAUUUGAGGGGCAAAAUACAUUGUUUAAGUAAAGUUCUUAUAUUGCAUGUAGGUUAUUCUGCUGAUUAUAGCUUUUCUAAAAUUUGGUAGUACAGGAAGUGGUGUGAGUAUAUUUAUUUCAUUUUCGUUCUACAUGCACAGUUUAUAGUAUGUAGAAUCUAUUACAACAUAGAUUGCCACAUUUCUUUUCACAUGAGGACUAGAAGAUGCAUAUUGGUGGUUCAUACUUUUGCCAGUGUACAAGAAUAUAUCCUGAAAUAAAAAAGUAUCUUAUACUUUAGUAUAGUAGUAAUAUUCAUUUCAAGUUGUGUAAAGUUUCAUAGAAAUAAAAAUAUUUAAAAAUCCCUGAUUCUAAUUAGUAAAAAAUCUUUUCUUUAUGGUAUGUAUAUGUAUAAUAUAUAAAUAUUUAAAAUGAGAUCCAUGUUUGUAAUAUGGUGUCUGAAAAUUUUAAACCUGUUUACAGUAGAAAAGUAAAAUACUGAUUGAGAUAAGACAGAAUUUUAGAAAAUAGAUUUAAAGGGGUAUAAAUGAGUUUAUGUGAUUUUUGUUGGAAGUAACUCAUGGGUUUUGGGGGGACAAGACUUUGUUAAAAUCCUUUUUAUGAAUAAGGCAAUUUUCUGUAUAUUUACAAGGUUUGUAAAACUUACUUCCAUGAUAAUUGAGAUUCAUUGUAAAUGCAUUUCUAGUAAAAAUUUAUUUUAAAUGCAUAUUCUCACAUUAUUCAGCCUUCCCAUUUUUAAUGUAACAAUAAUAAAUGCAGUAUGUUUGAUAAAAUAUAAACGAAUGCCAUUGCGAUAUCUAGAUUUUAAAAAUUUUUUUAAUUUAUUAUAUAUUACAGUUUUCUGUUGCCUGAUGUAACACCUUUAGUCCGCACUUGUGUUCAAUGUAAUCAGAUACAUUUCUGAAGAGAAUUAUAUAACGAAAAGAUCAUGUUGAAAAACUAAAAAAAUGCUAAAAAAAUUUUUUGCUGUGUAUGUGGAGAUAAGAUUUUGUAUUUUAAUCAAGACUUUUCUUUUUAUUCCAUUGGAUGGUUUAUAUUAUGGUUUAAUAUUCUGAUGUACCAUGUAUUAUUGUCACUGCAAAUAUGUCAUAAUUUUAAUCUUCUGCCUCACUAUUUCAGUUGUUUAUCAUUUCUAGCUAAUUUCCUUAAUUAAAUAUUCAAGUUUUUCAAUUUACGAUGUUUAAAUAAUGUUACAAGGUUAUCAAAAACUAAAAAUAAAUGCUGUAGUAAUUGUAAUUAAAAAAAAGACUAAUGAAAUGUUGGUAAAAAAAUGUUUUAAGCAACAUUCUUGCAAUGGUCAAGGAUUUGUCAGUUUUUCAUUUUUGAAAAUACUGAGUUCAGUUUCAUUGUUAACCUGUUAACCCUUUGUGUUGCUCUACACUUUAAAAGUCUUUAUUUCAACAAGAAAAGUUGUAUGCAAUCUAUUUAGGCCUAAAGGAGUAUACAGAUGCAAUUUUGUAAAAAUUGCACUUACCGUUUCAAUUCUGUGGGUGUUCCAUGAAGUGGAACACUGCACCACCAAGUUCUUAAAAGGGUGACUAAGCGGGCAUUGCAGUGAAGCACGGAAAUUAGUAGAAGCUUAUGUAUAGUCAUGAAGAAAAAAAAAAAAAACCUGUAUUAUAGCUGUAUACAUGGUUUUCUGGAUAUACAACUUUCUUGAAUAUAUGGAUAAUUGAGAUAAAUAUGUAUAUACACAAGUGCUGUAUACAAAAAUAUUUACAAAUUUUUCGGUUUCAUAGCUUCGUGAAAUUUUCAAAGCAUGUCGCAUCUUUUUGAUAGAAGCACAAACCAACUUUGCAGGUUUUGAACAAAAAUCUUGUUUUGUGCGGCUUCUGUCUAAAAGCGAUAGCAAAAUAAUUCGUGCAGCUCCCCUAAGUAAAGAUGACUCAAACUACUGAUAAAAUUCUUGCCUGAAAACUACUCACAAAAAUUUCAUGAUGCCCAUAUUAGGGCUUUCAUAGCACAAACCACACCUCACCCCUCAAUACUGCUUUGUUUGAAUUCAUUCUCCCAAAACAACGUAAAUAGAAAACAUAUACAACAGAUGUUUUCUCCUAAGACAGAUGUUCUUGAUGCGUAAUAGCAAGAGAUUGCUAAGGCCAAUGUUC